AUGGCUAACAGCAAUACCGUAUCAUCGACGUUACCGUCGAGGGAUUAUCACUGCAAGGUUUGCGACCUUUACUUAGACACUGUUGAUUCUUUAGAAGUGCAUUUGCAAUAUCACAAAGAGAACCUGUACGUUAAAUGGGGGACGCAAAAUUCUCAAAAUGAUUCAGACAACAAUAACGGUACAAAAGUGAAAAACGAAACAACAGUAUCAGCACCGGCGGACUCCAGCGACAACAUGAUUACAAAACCGAGUCCGGAAUUUCAACAGCGUGCAACACCAGAAACAUCUACUCAAUUUCCUCAUCCGGCCACACCGCAGAGCUAUCAUAGUGCACCAUCGCCAUACCAGAAUCCAGAUCAAACCACAUUUUCUCCGGGAGCACAAUAUGGUAAUAACUAUUCUCACUCAAGCUUUUCAACCAAUCAACAUUCAGAACAAAUAAAUUGGGAUCAAUCCCAGUACAAUCAAGAUUACCAUAAGUCUAAUCGCUUCCAUCCUUAUAAUAUUCAAGACCGUGUAUCUCAAGUUUCUUCAUCGAGCCCUUUGUAUGGUCAACCAUUGAACCAACCUACUCCAUCACCAUCACCAAAUCAAUGCGACAAGUGUGGCUUUGUGUGCGAUUCAGCGGUUCAAUUAAAUGAGCAUUGCAACUCUGCUCACGCCGGAUCAAGUAACACAAACGCAACGAUGCCAUUUCAACAAUUUCCUGGAAAACAAUUUAACAGUACUAGCUAUCAGAACGAAAAUGUGAAAGUAAAAGAAGAGCACGAAGAAUCAUCAGAUAUACUAGAUUUGGAUUCGCAAAAAGUCGUCUAUCAAGGUAACGAGGGUGACGUGCAGAAUAGUCAAUACGAAGAACCGGCGUCGCAAGGUAGGGAAGUUAACACGCGGACAGUCCCCAUGAUGCCGUGGGAAACACAGAAGAUAUACAACAAUCCUCCAAUAAAUGGUGAUGUUUCCCUUUUCAAAGAUCAGAAAAUGUUUCAAGAACAAAAGCCGUAUCCGUCAGAUGUUAAAAUGUUUCACCCGGAACAGAAGUUUGGCUACUCGCAGGAUAAAUUCGUACCCGUGCAUCAUGAUCAGAACCAGUUCAUGCAUGUGGGACAAAAAAUUUACUCUGGCGUACAAAUGCCGCCAUUGACAGAUUGCACAGGGGUCGCAUCUUCAAAUUCUGACAUGAAGCCACCGUAUCGGCCGUAUGACUCACCAAGUGCUCCACAAAUUACCAGCACUCAGCCUGCAAAUCCAACAUCAUCCGCUUUACCAUCGAUCGGCGGAAAAGGAGCAAAUUGGAAGUCAAAUGAAGCAAGGAGGCCAAAGACUUAUAAUUGCACAGCUUGUAACAAAUGGUUUACUAGUUCGGGCCAUCUAAAACGUCAUUACAACACGACGUUACACAAAAACGCCGUCAGGUCAUCGGGUCAACCAGAUCCAGCGACGAUGCCGAUAUCCAGCCACCAUCACCCGACGCGCGAGUCCUUAGCUCGUGCGCAGCAGCAAAACGCGGACUCUAAUACGCAGAGUCCAGUUCCAUCUGAUGACAGCCGGAGCAUCGAUGACGGCGCGUUACAAUCACCCUACGCAUCGCAAAGCUUCGAACGGUCGCAUCGGGUCGCCGCCAUGCAGUCAAAGCCGCCAUACACGCAUCUUCAACAGGGUAAUUUAGAUAAUAAUUUCAGUAAUAAUUCUUUAGUCAACCAUUCUUUGCAGCAUCAAGUAGGGUCUCAUCCUAUCAAUAUAGGCGGACAACCACCGGGGAUAGGUAAUCCAAACGAUAGCCAGAGUUCUAAAAGUCAAUCAAUAUCCUCUACCGCGAAUCCCCCAAACGGGGAAGCAGGUCCCUCUGUUUCUCAAAAUCACCAUAUGAGGGGCCUGCUAUCAGUGUCAACCAGCAAUAUUUCAGCCCCAGUGCUAACCCAGAGUACUCCAGCGCUUACAGCGCACACGCUGCCGCCGUUCAGCCAUUUGGGUGUCAACCCAUACAACCCGAGGUCUACGGAUCCUUUGGGGCCUUCGGUACCGGACCCCACGCACACCCCAUUAUAUUUGGGUCAGAAUUUUCAGCAGACUAUAGCACCGAGUUACCCAAACGGGAUGGCCCCCCACGUUAUGGAUAUGGCUAUCAACAACCUGCCUAUAGCCAAUCCGGCUACUUUUGGUGAAUCGGCACCAGAAGAAGUCGAAGUUAUGGAACAAGAAACGUCGGCUCAGCCCGCUGGAGGACGCUUGCCUAGCUUCUCCCAGCUGCAAACGCAGAGUUUCAGCGUUUAUGUUUCUAACUACGUCACAUCACCUAACGUGGGGGGUCAAGUUCUCGCCGACGAGUCCACCGCCGGUUACAUAAUAGUUGACCCUGUUCAUUCUCCAUUACAAUAUAACAGUAUCGAUAUGAAUGGACAAAACAUAGACUACGAAUAUACUUAUUCGCCUAAAGUUGUUAAGGAGAGCGUUUCCACUUACAACACGGAUAACAUAAAGAUUUAUCCGUACGGUUACGCUGUCGGAGGAAAGACCAUUAAGAGAGACGACGACAUCAUGCGAAGUGACUCGAGUGAAUUGCAAAUACUAAAAAUAGAGGACAUAAUGGAUUACGCUAAUAAGGAGAACUACGGGACUCAAAUGAAAUCUCCCGCUAGUCCAGAGAGCGCUAAAGCUGAUAACGAGAGCCACGGCUCGCCAUCUAUUACGUCGACAGUCCCCGGUACGCCACUAACUGAAAGAAAUCAGUUGAAGAAAAGUGUGCCCACCACAAUCCAUAAGUGUUUCGAAUGCGAUAAACUAUUCAACAAGGCGUGCUAUCUGACGCAGCACAAUAAGACCUUUCACUCGGGCGCUAAGCCGUUUAAGUGCGAUCGCUGCGGUAAGCGAUUCUCCGACGACGUUUCAUACGAAGGCCACUAUUUGAAGCACGCCGACAACAAGCCGUUCAAAUGCAACGAAUGCCCGAAAUCGUUCAACCACAAAACUGAUUUGAGACGACAUAUGUGCUUGCACUCGGGUUGCAAGCCAUUCGCAUGCGACCACUGCGGCAAAGGUUUCAUACGCAAAGAUCACAUGAUUAAGCAUUUCGAUACGCACAUGAAAAAGAAUCUGCGCUCGUCCUCCUCAUCUUCUGUUUCCUCGACCUCUCCAUCCUCUUGA